AUGCAUCGACAUGGCUUGUCGACUCGCAGCCUCAUUACGCUGGACGCCAAGCCACUGGCCCAACGGGAUACGCAACUCAUCGUCUCCAAUGUCGAGCGCAUGACCGACGAACAAGUUGCGGCAGCAGUCACCGCUUCCAAAAGCUGCACUGUUGGGCGAGCCCAACUACCCCUUUACCCUGGCGUACCCAACCCGAGCUACGACACCGGAUCCCAACAGCUCAAUAUCUUCCCAAUACCAGAGAGCAUUCCGAACAAAUUGACACUCAGGAACUAUUGCUCCUAUGAGGUAUUCUAUGUCUACGAGAUUCCCGGUGCAUCUGCCGAGACAGGCUGUCUGUCUGCUGGGGGAACCGUCCCCGUAGAUCUCGUCAGCACCGUAGAUCCUAUAGGUCCCGUAUUCAAGAUGAGCAAGGAGAGCAAUCUUUCAAAGUCCGUCAACGUUGAAUAUAGCUCAGGCAGUUUCGGCAUGUACAAUCUCAGCCUAAUAUCUUGUCUGGGCGUGGUGGACGGCAAACCUGAUGCGGAUACCAGCGCUUGCGUAGGGUUUGAGGCAGGACUGCAGCUCAGCCAGCCUGGUGGAAUGGCGUUUCAGUGUGCGGCCAAUACUUGGUGUGACGAUCAGGCAUACUUCUAUGGGGAAAAUCUUUGCAAAGGGCAAAAUCCGUUGCACAUGCUCGACCAGAGCAAGGGACUUACGAUGGAAUUAUGUGUUGGCAACAAGACAUGA